UGAUUAGACCACCAACAGUUUAGCUAGCACGCGGAGGUUCAACAAGAGUUCUACAUUAAGCUACCACCAGUUAAACGAAUCGUUGGAAAACGCAGGGUUGGAAAAAGGCUCACCAUCACGGCGAGCACGUAACGUCGUCGUUACUAUUUAAUAUCUCAACAGUCGGAAGCGUUUUUCGCCUUUCUACGAUAUAAUAGUAUAAAGCGGUUAGACGUUGCACUUUUUAUGCUUAGUCGUGCGGCAAUUCUCGACGGUGGAGGAUCUCUCGUACUCACUGUGUUCCAACGUUGUGUAGUUUUGGAGAUUGACGAAACUGUUCUAAUCUGAUUAGUGAACUUAAAAAUUAUAUAAUACAUAUAGGAAAAACGUGACAGUGUCAUUUGCAAUUAGUCGAACGAAGUAAGAUGACACCAUCGAUCAAGAACAUCCCGCGCCGCCAGGCAAUCCCGAUGCUAUACACGAGAGGAACGCACUACGAUGUUGGAUACGAUGUGGGUCGAACCUUUGCAGCAAUUAUUAAAAAUUUUCUUCAACUGUCCGGACCGUUAAAUGAUACAUACCUGCCACUCUACAAAACCGACGAAGGAAGAAAAGUUUACAACGAUACCCUGGAAUCGGUGAAGAAAUCUUUUCCACAGUAUGUUCGAGAACUGGAGGGAACUGCAGAUGGCGCACAAGUCGAAUUCCAUAAGUUAUUUUUGCUACACAUGGAUGAUAUUUUGCCGGUUGCAGUGGAGGGUAGAAACAGUAUCAAUCAACCGAUUGGAUGUUCAACCAUUUGCGUCAAUGAGCCUGAUUGUGAGAUCCUAGCCCAUACGGAAGAUGCACUGAGUGAAGUUCUCAAUCACUACUACUUCGUUUCGGCUCACAUAGUUUCGGACUCUCCCCAGGGAAAGUAUAAUGUGACAGAGGAACGAUUCACUUCCUUAUGCUAUGCCGGUCAUUUGCCCGGUUAUACCAUGAACUAUAACCACCACGGGCUAGUAUUUUCGAUCAAUACACUAAGUGCUAGCAAGUUGCAUGGAGGAAAAACACCUCGGCACUUCAUAACACGUGCGCUGCUGUCGUCAGAAAAUUUUGUGCAGGCUCAACAAAUACUUCGUGAUAACGGAGUUGGUGCUGCUGAUGGUUGCUCGAUCAAUAUGACGUUUUUGAAACAAGAGGGCGACCGGUUAUUCCACAAUGCCGAGAUGGGACCGGCCGAGCGAGACCAAUCGCAGCUGAACAUUUUGACUGCCAGUCCGGGCGAGCACAUUGUACACGCUAACAAGUAUCUGAGACUACCGGUACCGGAGGUUACCGGGCUUAUAAUCGAUUCCAGUGUGGAACGUAUGAAAACGUUCAAUUCGUUCAAGCCGCCGAAAACGCUCAACGACGUGAUCCGUAUGCUAGGCGAUCAAAGCGCUAAAGAGCACACCGUUUUCCGGGAGAAGGAUGCCAAGGAUAUUGUGAAGACGAUUUGCGUGGGAAUUUUCGACUGCCGCAAGCGAACCUGGUCGCUGUAUUCCGAUAAUCCGAAGUUCAACGCUCCACUUGUAGUGCUACCACUUGUGAUUAGGGAUUAAAUUAGUGUGAGCUCAUUCGUUCUUAUCGAUGAGGCAUUUAUGUUGUGCUUUUCUGUUUAAUAUUCAUAUAUCACCGCGAUACAAAUUGUUGCCCGUUAUAACAUUCUGUUGAAGAAUCACAUUUUGCUCUAAAAAUUCUCAGUACUUAUGAUUCUGUACAUUCUGUUCUUUUUUGACAUUAGCAGAUGAUGUGGUACGAAAUAGAUAACGUAUAUAACUUGUUGUAUUUAUAAUUUAAAAGUUGACGCUUUUACAGAUGAA